GACCGCGCGGGCGCCAUGCCUACCGAGGCGCCGCCAUGUUGUCUACCGGGGCAUCUUCCGGGGUCUUUUCUCCGGCGAUCGCCGCCCAUGUACGUACGAGUGAGGAGCCGGUGUGGGCAGUGCAAGGUUAAGCCAGAGCUGGGACGGACGCUUGAGGUCUAGGGCUCUAAAGGAAGAGGAACGUAAUUAUUCUCCUUAUGGGGCUUUAUGAACAGUGUGAGGACAUCCAGAGAUGCUGAGGGACGAAGUCGCUUGGGGAGUUGGGUUGGAGCACACGCGCUGCCGUCGGCUCCGCGCGGAACGCACUGCAUUUCAGCUGCUGCCCCGCGAUGUGCGAGGCGGGGCUGCUGGCGCCGGAGCCCUCCGGGGUGGCGCGGCACUAUGGCGAAUCGUCGGACACCUGCUGCCACAUGGACCGCUGGCAGAGGCUGCGCACGGCCGUCCGGAGGCUGGAGUUCUGGGAAAGCUUCAGCGCCGAACUGGUUGGGAGCGGCUUCUUCUCCAAGGUGUACAAGGUGACCCAAGCUGCUGCUUGUAAAGUGAUGGUGGUGAAGAUCUACAAGAACGAUGUGGACCAGGAGGUGAUAGUGCGUGAGAUCAGCCUGCUGCAGAAGCUGUCCCACCCCAACAUCGUCAGGUACCUUGGGAUAUGCGUAAAGGAUGACAAGCUGUACCCAAUUCUGGAGUAUGUGAAUGGGGGCUGCCUGGAGGAGCUCCUAGCCAGCAAAGACAUCGCUUUGUCAUGGAAAGAGAAAGUGGACUUAGCUUCUGACAUCACCAGGGGUAUGAUCUACCUGCACUCCAAGAACAUCUACCACCGAGAUCUCAACUCCAAGAACUGCCUCAUUCGAGUGACGCCACGUGGCCGCGAGGCGCUGGUGGCGGACUUUGGGCUGGCCAGAGAAGUGGUGGAGCUGCCUGUGCAGUAUGCAGAGAGGAAGCUGUCCCUGGUGGGCUCUGCCUUCUGGAUGGCUCCUGAGAUGCUGCGGGGAGAGCCCUACGACCGGAAGGUGGAUGUGUUUUCCUUUGGCAUUGUGCUCUGUGAAAUUCUGGGCAGGAUCCCAGCGGAUCCCGAAGUACUUCCCAGAACUCAGGACUACGGCCUGGAUGUCGCUGCCUUCUGCAGGAUGGUCAGCGGAUGCCCCCGGCAGGUGCUGGACCUUGCUGCCUGUUGCUGUCGGGUGGAAGCAUUUAAGAGGCCGUAUUUCUCCGAUAUCCUGGAUGAGUUGGAAGACAUUUCAGAGAACCUGGAGCCCAGGAGGGACAAUCCACUUUCGAGCUGAGCUGUGGGCCCCCUGCGAAGCCCAAAGGGUGGACUGUAAAUGGAGGGUCAGAAGCAAAGAAAGAAGGUGGAGAAUGGAAGAACUAAGUGACCCACUGGUAUUUAAUUAUAGUCUCAGUCUCUAAUUUCCAAGAUUGACAAAUGGAGAGGAGACUUAACCAAAGUCUUAUCUGAGGUUUUUAACAGAUGUAAUUCAGACAGCAAACAGCCUUUGUUUGUUUGCUUGAUAAAAGUAAAUGAUCCUGGAGGGCAGGUCAGGGACCUGGAUUCUCUUUGAGGAUGCUUUCCAAAUCCUCUACAGAAAUGCAGCCCUCUCUUGCUUCCCCAUGCUCCUUGAGUUUGGGGCCUUCCCCUUCCACGUCCCCUCUGUCCUUGGGGAACCUCUGUGGGGGCUGGGAUCCCUUUGGAGCAAAGCUGGGGGCUUUGGGGCACACAGAGAGCCUCAGAGUUGCCUUACACUUCAAAGCCUUAAAACCCUCCUUGGGUAGCCUUGCAGAGAUGGCUGCAUUGUGUAGUGAUGCUGAUGGGAUCCUGACAUGUGCAUGGGGCACACCAGCAUCCGGCGAGGUUUUGGGGAGCAGUGUGGAAGGUGUGCCUCACCACGGUGUGAGCCCACCAACCAAUAUCUCCUCUCAGAACUGGUGCUGUGCUCUGUCCCAGCACUGCAACUAUCUGGAUUUCUCCCCACAGCCCUCUGUCAGGGUCUGGAGGUGGGAGAGGUGCACCUCUCAUCCUCCCACAGAUACCUGCCUUCAGUUCAGCUGGUUGCUGGGCCUCAUUGGGAGGGACGUGUCCUACUUAGGACCGAAAUGUCUGUGGUUGUCAGUAGGUGCGAUGGCUGUGUGGUGGUGGAGCUGUCUCUCUCUUCGUGUAGAAUGUAAGCUCUUGGAGUAGGGGCCCUUUGUGCACCAAAAAGCAUUUGUAGAUUGUAUAAUGAGGUGUGCAAAUAGCAUUGUAGAUCUACACGUGGUCAUCUCAAGCUCUUGGGUAGAAUUUGGUGUCACAUGUGGCCCACUGUCUCUGUGCCCUGGCACCCACACAAAGGAGCAGUGGUAGUGCCGAGACGGAUGUUGUGGUGGAGUGCAGUGUUUUCAGCAGAGAUUCCUCAUGAUAAGGAACAUGAGACGCACUGAAUGGCACCAGGAUCAUUGGCUCAGCCACGUGUCCAGAGAACCCUCCAUCGCUGGAGCUACCGCUGUGCUUCUCUGGGCUGUGACGGCUGUGCACAGGAAACCUGCUCAGCAGUGACACACAGCAGCAAACAGCUUCCUGCUGCGGAGUGCUACCAGUGGGAGGAGCGAAGCCUCGGGAAGCAGGAGAUCAAAAAGGAUGGAAGCUUUUCAACCUGGUGGAAGGCAGAGUUCCUGCUUUUUGAUUUGGAGUGAAACAGACCACAAAGGCCGUGGAAACAGCACUGAUACACCUUUGUGUCUCCAGGGGCAGCCAGCCACCACAAGCACUGCAGUUGUUCCUUCUCUGCUGUGGGCUUGCCCCAGACCAUCAGCACUGUCCCCAGUACUUGGACAUGGUGUGAGGGUCACUGUGAGCUGGGAACCAUCCCUCGUGGGCCAUUGGGAUAUCCUGGAGGCAGAGAGCAGCAGUUGGACGCAGCUGGGCUGGGUUAUGAAGCUCAGAGCAGGAAAUGACACUUUCUGUCUGCUAGCGUCCGUAUGGCUGUGAGACUGCAUCUGCUUGGCAUCCUGAGGGCAGCCACGGGUGGGUGCAGAGCUGUGUUUCUGCUAGGCUUUCUGCCUGCCCCAUCUGCUCCUAUGGAAGGGACAUCCAGCCCCAUUCUGAGUCUCAGGUGGCAAAGGAGAUCUUUGCUAGAAGGACAUGUGGUGCUGCUGCUGCUUGGCUCCAUGGCCAUUUCAUCCUGUGCAGAGUGCUGCUGCUGAAGCACAGCACCAAACACAAUGAACAUCUUCAUGCUCUGUCAGCACAACUGGCAGGAUAAAAUCUUGGUGAAACUGUUAGCUGUGAGAAAGUGGUGCUUUGCCUGUGGUGCCACUUGGUGCCUGUGGUGUGGGGCUCCUUACAGCACUCUAUUGCUUCAGCUCGGGGCACAGCAGCAGCACAAGCAGCACAAAGGUCAGUGGGUUCACCUUUUCCAUCCCAGUGGCCCAUUAUGAGCUGAAGGGACUGAAACACAGUGAAAUGACUUCUUUUCCCCCGAUGCAGCUUGUUUUGUGCUGACUCAUAAAUGGCACUGAUUAUUCUUCAAUGCAGCUGCCUUACAAGGACAGCUCAGAAAAUCAGAGGGAGAUGUUUUCACUUCGACCACCACAUCCAAUGCAUCCAAAUGCAAAUUGUAUGGAGGUGCUGAAGCUGUUUUAUUACAUUCUCAUGUGAACAGUCAUUGGUGUUAGGUAGGAAGGAGGUCUCUCCUUCCAAAGCCCCAUCCCUUAAAGUUUGUCACCUUUCAGUUCUGGCUGUGAAAUCUUGGGCACAUGGAAGAACUGCUAUGUUCCUCCCUGCAAAGAACUGCUGUGGAGCCCCUGGGUGCUGGCAGCAGUCCCACGGGUGUUGGGCUGUCCCAGAUACUGCACAGGAGUAUCUCUGGAAGUGGCUGUCACUGGCCACAGGGCUGCUUCCCCUUUUGGCAGGUUGUUCACCAGCCAGCCAUCAGAGCUGCUUCCAGCUGCUCACCUCCUGGCUCCCUGCCCUGGAGUGAAGGCAGAAAGCAGCUCUUCAUCUCAUCCUCUGGCCUUGCCCAUGAUGAAUUACACCAGGGGGAAGGAACAUCAGGAGGAACCCAGGGAUGCUGUCGUUCCUGGGCUUCAGGGCCGCUCCUUUCCAGAGCUGCUGAAGAGCAAACACAAAAUGCAAACCUGAUUCUUGAGCUUUCUGGGACACAGAAAAGCUCUGAGGUGAGCAGUGACCAGGAUCAGUCACAGAAUGACUGGGGCUGUUCUGCUUUUCUUCUGGGGAGACUCAUGGGAAGAGGACAGCUAGCAAGAGGGACUAGGUGGCAUGCUGGCAGUUUUGGGGGUAUGUUCCUUUAGGGCACAUCCAUUAUGACAUCUCAAGACUCCUCCCUGCACCUUCCCGUGCUGUCAGGUGUAAUGGAGGUACAAGAACCACUCUUGGAGGAGAGGUGGGAUCUUUGGGUUGGGCACUGUGACAGUAACCAGACCUUGGAGGCCGCAUGGAGGCACGUGCUCUUCCUCAAUCUCCAGUUACAGCAGUGCCCUGUGUGCUUGGGGUCUGCUUCCUUCUCCUCACCACAUCUCCCUGCAACUCCAAGCAGCAGAACCUUUGCUAUGUGGCUUCUUUAGGGUCACUGUACCCCAGACUGCAUGAACUUCACUAAGUUCCAAAUAACUACAGAGGAAAUCCAUGUGGACUAGUGUAUAUGGGACAUGAUGUGCGUCUCCCCACAGGGAUAGAUCCUGACCUACUGCUUCGGUUCUUCCUGGCUGGAGUCUGUGCAAGCCCUCUCCAUGACUGCUGUAGCUAUGGGACUUGGGGAGGGCCAUAAAGCCCUGAGGACCCUCUCCUCCACACACCUGUAUCACCACAGGGAGCGCUUUCCUGCCUUGCAGACGAGACUGCACUGCCAACUCACUGUGCUGGCUGAGGGAUGCAGGAGAGUGUCAUUUUCCAGCCAGGUGCUUCCCACCUCCCCCAGCACUGGUGGUGGUGUGGGCACGAGGAGCUGGGAAGGGACAGCCCCAGCACAGUUAAUCUUGGGGGUCAGCUUGCUACACAGUUGUGCACUAAGUGUGAUAAAUCUGGAAUCCUUCAGAACUCACACAAAUAAAUACUCUACUGAUUGAUGUGUCACUGUAA